AAUUAUUUAAAACAAUAUUGGCCAGAAAUUUUAUGGAGAUGGUAUGUUAAGAAAGGGAUGUAUGAAGAAGCAAUUAAAUGUAUUUUAAAAUUAUGUGUUGAAGAUAUUUAUUUAAUAAAAAUUAAAAUUGAAGAAGAAGAUAUAAAAAUGAAACAACCAAAUGAUAUUUGUAUUAGAUUAAGAUUAAUUGUAGAAGCAAUGAGUCUUAGUAUGAUUAUUGGAAUACAAACUCAACAAGAAUUAUUAAAAGCAUAUAAAAUAUUAAGUAUAAUGAAUGAAUUAUGUCAAAAAAUAGUUUCUAUUGAAAAUUUAUUAAUUCUUUCAACAAAACUUCAUAGAUUUGAAAUUACUUUUGAAGUUAUGUUAUUUUAUACUAACUCAAAUGAAAAACAAUUAUUAAGAUGUCUAGCAUUAUUCCUAGAAUAUGCAUGGAUGAAAGGUAUUGAUGGGUUUAAUAAUGAAGUAAAUGAAUUUUUAAAAGUAGUUGGGAAUUCAGUACCAAUCUCUUUGAUUGAUUCAUUUAAACAACAAAAAGAGAAAAGAGCAAUGAUGUAUUGA